AUAAUCCGCCAAACUAAACCUCAAUGUCAUCUAAUCUAAUUAGUACUGCCAUAAAUAAUUAACCCAAAAAUUUAAGAAGAUUUAAUUUACCAAUCUUCUUUGGCACGUCUUCCUAUUCCCAUUCUUGUUUGCGGGAUCUCGGAUACUUUCAAAACCUCUUUAUCUUGAAUAACAACUAUUGGUUGCGGGAUCUUUAGGAGAUGUGGACUUCCAUUGCUAAUUUGAAGGAAAAUUUGAAUAAGAUAAAGCUUGACGUGCACGGGGAUGACGACGAAGAACUCGAGAUCUACGGUUCGGAGAAUGGACGCCAUUCGACUUUCUCCGAUAGACGGAAUUCUCAUACAUUUGCACACUCAAAGCCUGUUUCCUUCUCUUCUCUCGCCAGUGGAAUUGAUUCGCCGUUCAAUUCCGAGGAGCAAAUUUUCAGAGUGAACCAAGAGAAUGGCUCAUUGAAACAAAAUUUGAAUGCAACAAAUGCGGCUCCGAGUGCAGCUAGAAGUGAAAUUUCCGAAGUAUCAAAUAAUGGAAUUAAUGCACUCAAGGGAAAAGGUGAUCAGUCAGCAAACCGACAGCAUAAGUCAACAAGUUUAGUGAAAAACUGUUAUGCUGGAAACCAAAUGUCCAAUGGUCUUAGCUCUAAACAUGAUGAGGAGCUUGCAGAUUUGCUGGAAGAAAAAACUAGGUCCCUGGAGGCCAUUCAAGCUAGUCAUGAAUCACAAAUAAAGCAAUUCAAGAUGGAACUUGAAAAAGAGCAUGAUAAAUUAGUGAACGUACAGAUAAGAUUACAAGAGGAGCACAAGCUGAAUGAGUCUUUUCAGGAGGAGCUUAAGUUACUGAAAUCAGACAAGGAUAAACAGCGCUCUGCAGAGUUGAGCAAAAUACGCAACGAAUCGAAUGAGAAAACAAUAGAAAUAAGUCGUCUACAAAAGGAGUUGAAUAGACAGGAGGAUGAAAGUUCUGAUGAUACAAUGGAGAAUAUGAAAAGAUUGGUUGCCACCUUGGAGAAGGAAAACACUCAUCUUAAGAUGGAGAAGAAUGAAUUGGAGGCUGCUCUGGAAAGUAGCAAGAAAGCUUCAACUGACAAGAUUGAUAAGAUUGAUCCCAUUCCUUCAGAAAAUCUGAAGGUAGAUUCAUCUGGAAGUUCUCCCGGAAAGAAAGAAACGGAACUAUCAUUGCAAAAAUUGGAAAAAGAUCUGAAAGAAACAUGCUGUGAAAGGGACAAAGCUUUGCAAGAAUUGACUCGUCUUAAGCAGCAUUUGUUAGAAAAGGCAUCUGAAGAAUCGGAAACAAUGGAUGAAGAUAGCAAAGUUAUUGAAGAACUUCUUGAGAGAAAUGAAUAUCAAAGAGCUCAAAUUGCACAUUUGGAGAAAGCCCUGAACAUGGCAAUGGCAAAUCAGGAGGAAGUUAAGCUGAUGAAUAACAAUGAAAUUCAGAAGUCAAAGGAAAUUAUUGAUAAUCUGAAUAAGAAACUUACGAACCGAAUGAGAACAAUUGAUGCAAAAGAUGUUGAGCUACUAAAUCUUCAAACUGCCCUAGGUCAGUACCAUGCUGAACUUGAAGCCAAGGAACAUUUGGAGCGAGAUUUGGCUCUGGCAAGAGAGGAAUCAGCUAGACUUACAGGUCUUCUGAAAGAUGCAGAUGAACAUGCAGAAUUCUCAAAGAGGGAAAAGGAAGAAAUUCUGACAAAGCUUUCACAAACUGAAAGAAUGCUAGCAGAAGGGAAAACCAGAGUAAACAAGCUUGAGGAAGAUAAUGGAAAACUAAGGCGUGCUCUCGAGCAGAGCAUGACAAGGCUUAACAGAAUGUCAAUGGACUCUGAUUAUCUUGUUGACAGCCGUAUUGUGAUCAAACUACUUGUGACUUACUUCCAGAGAAACCACAGCAAAGAGGUUCUGGAUCUUAUGGUCCGGAUGCUGGGAUUCUCUGAUGAAGACAAGCAGAGAAUAGGUGUUGCUCAACAUGGUCCUGGCAAGGGAGUUGUUCGGGGUGUUUUGGGUCUACCUGGUCAUUUGGUUGGUGGCAUUUUGGGCGGCAGUCCAGCUAACACACAGGCAAAUAUGGCCUCUGAUAACCAGUCUAUUGCAGAUCUGUGGGUUGAUUUUUUGCUCAAGGAAACUGAAGAAAGAGAAAAGAAGGAACCCAUAGAAGAUGUCGGUAGAUCCAGGGAAGACCUUCAUGGAAGAAGUCUGAACACUGCAGGACCCAGUACAUUUGUGUCAGAACAAACAACUGCUGUUUCUGAUGUCUCGAGAUCUAGUUUCUCUCCAAGCCCUUUACCAUCACAAGGAAGUUUUCAGCAACUUGAACAUUCUGAUUCUGAAUUCUCAACAGUUCCCCUCACCUCAUCAGAGAGCAGCACUCGUCUAUCAAGACUACUGCCAAAAUACUGAAGUUUUUUCUUGGAUGAUGUAAUUAUUCAAAGGUAUAGUUCUUUAUCCAUGCUGUAGCCACGAUGAAACUCACUUCCAUCAAUUCUUUCAUAUACUUGAAAUGAGAAGAUAUCCUUACAUUGUUCAGUGCUCCA